AUGGGAAUGGGAGGCUGGGGAGUGGAGAGCAUACUGCCGUGUGAUGUGUUGGGUGGGGCGACCCUGCUGACUGCAUGCACUGUCUCUGAUCUCUCCUCAGAUCCACUUAGUUUUUGGUCCAACACGGCACCACUGUUAGUAAUAAUGUCUCGAGAUGGAAACUACAGUGCCCUCAAGAUGGUGAUAACGAUGGACACAAGCGAUUUUGGAGUCACUGAGAUACAGCUAGCGGACAGCACUAGUGGAGGUGGAGGAGAUGUAGGUGGAGAAGGAGCUGCAGGCGUGAUGGCAGACAAGCGGGAUUUCCUAGUUCCACCUGCUCCGCCACCUCCUUACGCCCUCCUUGCUACUACUUACUGCUGGACGAACACCUUCAGCUACCCGGCACUGUACGGGAUGGGAGAGCCGGAGAUCGGGCGGGCGGGCGGAGGGGAGGGUGUCGCUGGCCGCACCCGCAAACGCAUCUUGGACCCGCUGGAAGCUCAAGAAGAUGACUCUACAGCGCGGCGACUUGGGGUGUUCACGGACUGGCAGGAGACCAUUAAGGGCAUCGGUGUCCCUAAUAAGAAAGGUGAGUGGUGUGAGUUUAUUGAUUCCAGGCUUGACAAGUACAGGCAGCGGCUGUCUCUAACCCCAAGUCCAAAGAGUGUCUUGUUAAUAAUUCAGAAUUGCCCAUCACCAAAACCUUCCUCUCAUAACAAUUCUGUUGUGCAGCACCCUCCCUCCAUCCAACACAGAGACUGGACACUCAAGGAUGCCCCAAAAAAACCUCAGACCUUGGGAUCACACUCUAACGUAAUGGAGCGCUCGUGCUGCAAAGCGCCGGGAGUGUGCCAUGCCUGCAGUUCCCGCCGCCACAGAUCCUUCUACAUGCCGCCCCCUGCCGCCCUGCCGCUGGGUGCUCCUUGGCAGGGCGUCGCAGUGCAUUCACCGCACCACCACCCUGUUCACGUGACGCGCCACUUCCGACACGAUGCCACAUUACAGAGAAGGGUGUAUGAGUUAUCCCGUCAUUACCUUCCCUUUCAGGUGGACAUUCCUCUCUCGUACGGGAUUUUUGAUGUGAAACAAGAUGCCUCCUCGCUUAACACCUGUGAGUUUGACUGGGACCCCACAAAGGAGGUUGGGGUCUACAUCAAGGUCAAUUGUAUUAGCACAGAAUUUACCCCAAAGAAGCACGGAGGAGAGAAAGGUGUCCCAUUCCGCAUCCAGAUUGAGACAUACACACAGACCAGUUCUGGCAUGGAGCGGCUGUAUGUGUGUGCUUGUCAGAUCAAAGUGUUCAAGCUGAAAGGAGCUGAUCGCAAACACAAGCAGGACAGGGAGAAGAUCAUGAAGCGGUCUCCCUCAGAGCAGGAGAAGUAUCAGCCAUCGUGCGAGUGCACCAUUCUGACGGAGCUGUCCCCUGAGGCAGUGUAUACCCCAGUACCUGAGUCGUCCUCUCCAGUCAUGGCUGCCACCUCCGGGGUCAUGAACCUCUCUGUCCAAGGCAACAGUCCCCCCAUGGACAUGAAAAGUGAAGCAUCAUUUUCAGAGACACCAAAAUGUGUGGAAAAUGGCCAGCAUCACCAGACACUGCCAGAGGGAGAAGAGGAUCCAUGCUUGCUGUACAGUGUGCCACUCCACACGGGCAGCACCACCAGCCACACCAUGGCUUGGCUGGUGGCUAACCGCUUCAACAAGUUCAGCAAGAUGUUCACUAACUUCACCGGCACUGACAUUCUGCGGCUGUCACGUUCUGACCUCAUAGAGAUGUGUGGUAUUGCUGACGGCCUCAGACUCUUCUAUGCCCUCCAUGCCAAGAAGGUGGCCCCGCGUCUCACGGUGUAUGUGUGCAUGGAACAUGAGCAGCUGUACCAUGCAUUGUACCUGGAGACCCUCAGCUGCCAGGAGUUCACUCACAAGUUGUGUACUCUCCUCCAAAUCUCAUAUGACCGAAUCCACGAUGUGUAUCUUCAGGGCCCAUCCGGUAUCCACAUUUUGGUGACUGAUGAGGUGGUGCAGAACAUGGCCGAGGAGUCAACACUCUCCAUUGAGGUGCUGCAGGACAGUGCCCGAGAAAGGUUCCGUCUACUUAUCCGCCCCCACAACACUAGGACCGCCACCACUGCCACCUCUCCAGGACCUCACCAGUCAUAGUACAGGCCCCUCCACCCCUCCCCAUUCCCAUCCUCCCCUUCCCCUUGUCCAAAGUCCAGGGACACAUCAACAUCCCCUGUGAAAAGUCCUGUUCCAUCCCCAUCUGUUAGAGACUCUGCCUCUCCAUCUCUCCCUGUGUAAAGCCUCAUCUAUCUUCAUCUAUUUUUAAAGUUAGUGAUUAUGUUAAGGCAAAUGUAAGUAUACUGAGAAGCAAUUAUAUGAGCUGCUCAAACUAUUCACUUCACUCCCCACUCCUCCCUCCUUCUCCUUGUUUCUGUGCCACUGGUGCAGACACUUGGCCUGUGUGUGUGUGUGUGUGUGUGUGUGUGUGUGUGUGUGUGUGUGUGUGUGUGUGUGUGUGUGUGUGUAUGCGCUGUGGUGCUCCUGAUUCGCCUCAGCCCCUCCCCGUGGUCAUUUGUGGGACCUGAUGUCUGUGCAUCAUGUUUGUUGUUUCUUGUUGUUGUUGUUGAUGUUGUGUCACAGAGAGAGAAAGAGAGAGAAGAAAAAAGAAAAAAGUAACCUCUAGGUUUAUUUUUACACGCUAUUUGUUUUGUAUUUUUAUAGUGAAACUUGCUGAUUGUUCUUUGAUCAGCUUUCACUGAUUGGCAUAAACAAGUACUGUUAUCAACUGUGUCAGCGAGGUGGAGUUGUUUCAUAAUACUGUACUAUGAUAACAUGAGCAUCCUGAGACUGGAGACAAUGACGUCAGAUGUCCUGGCUUGGCACUAGGGUGGUGUGUCUGUGUGUGUAUGUGAGGAGCAGUGACCACUAUGGAACACCACCAGUCACUGUACAGCAACUGAAGCAUAAUAAUCAAUACUUUCAUGAGUAUUCUCUCUCUAAGAAAGCAAAGAAGAGUCUGAGCACAACUUGUGGCUUUUUUGGUAAAGAAAUUACAAAGUGGAGUGAAAUGCACAUUGUUUCUUUGAUACGAGAACACGUAACUUGUAUGUAAUGGAUAUUUAACUUUUCUAUCUAUAAAAGUAAUUAUUGCUUAUAAAUUUAUUUAAAGUCCACACCAGCAAGUAUUUUCUGUGGCCUAGAGCUGUGUGCACAAGUCUGUUCCUCUCAUUAGUUACUGAAGCUGUACCAACACGCUCCAAGUGACUCGCUCUGUGGGAAUUCACGUCAUUGUUCAUGUUAUCUCCUAAACACAAGCACAUCGCUUACAGAAAAGACGUUAUGUAUGUAAUUGAUAUUAUUCCUUACUAAUGUUACGUUAUAAUGUUCAUAAUAAUUGUCGUUAUAAUGUUUGUAGAGGCCAGGUGAUUUUCACAUUUUGGGUAGUGAAGAAAGCGUACAAAUAUGUGUAAUUUGGGAGUCAGGUUACUGUUGUGAUUAUUUUUGCAAUGACUGACUAAUGUAGUAGUUUAAUAUACACUGCUGUGUUAUUACAGAAUGAUCAAUACUCAUGUGAUACCACACUUGCUGAUGGUCACUACACAACCUUAGAGACAAUAACUGACUGGGCCUCAUGCUGCCACAACACACCUCCACCAUGUUUUAUUUCUUCCUUUUGUGCUGCAGUCUGACAUUUUAUGCCUCUCACUUAGACUGAAUGAGUGAAUGAGAGUUGUGAGGUGAACUCCUUCCCUCAGACCUUGGUGCCUUACACAAAGCAGACUUAUGGAACAAGCAUCAACCCUGUGCUGUGAAUGAAUGGUUUAUUAUUGACUAUAUUCUGAAAUGUUUUGGCAUCUCAUCUUCACUAAUUUUAAGAGGUUGCUGUCAAGGCUACUGGGCUUUUUAAAGGGGUGUUCACAAUUCUAGUUAGCUUAAUAAGAAUUCUGCAAUAUCAGUGGGAAAAGACCCUAGUAUCUUUGUAGCCUUUUUUGUUUUAAAUACUCCCAAUGAAAGUGCAAAGCAUUUCAGAAUGUGUGUGUGUGUGUGUGUGUGUGUGUGUGUGUGUGUGUGUGUGUGUGUGUGUGUGUAAUACUUGCCAUCAUCUUGCCAUGCAUAAAUGGAAGGAAAAAGCUUUUAUUUAUAUUUUACCAGAAGCUCUUAUUUAUAUUUUAUCUAAAAUUAGAUGCUUCACUGUAUCUUAUAAAAUUAUAGAAGGCUAGAGGUUAAUUGAUGAAGAUUGCUUAAGGAACCAGUACUGCACACAAAACUAGCCUUGUCUUGAGGAUUGGUGCUUCCCUCCGUCUCAAUAUGUAAUGGAGGAGGAUUUGUCAGUGGCAUUAGACCUAGUUUGGAAAGGCCCUGUCAUUACAGGGUUGAAAGAUAAUAGGGAGGGUUAUAAAUGAAUAAGCCAAGUGAUGUAGCUAAUUCCUGCAUGUCCAGAGUUCAUGUUUCCUUACAGCAUUCACCAGCAAUUAGACUCAUUAUUGCAUGUUGGCAACCCUUAACCUGUUGGCUGCAGCAAGUAGAUUUUUAUAAAAGUUAAAAAGUUGAAUGUAACUGAAUGGACUCUUACCAGUGAUGACUACAUUAUGACAUGGUUAAACCUGUAUUAAAUCAAUAUGAAUUUUAUCAUUAAGAUUUUUUUUUAUUGUAAACAGUGCAAUCUUCAAAAUUAAAAACAAGAUAAUCA